GCGGGAGGUGGAGGUUGCGAUUGAAGUUGUGAUAGAGGGAUGGGGAUUUCAGCGAGUGUGGCGUCAUCGAUUGAAAAGUGGAAAGGUGAUGGUGAUCGGGAGCGAGAUGGUGCAGACGGUGUUUCGAGAGUGAGGGUGGCGGCAGCGGUGGAUGGUGCGGAUGAUGUUGCGAGAUCGGGGGCGGCAGAUGGUGUGGACGAUGUUGUGAGAUGGGGGGCGGCAGUUGUUGCGGCGGUGGAGAUGGGGAUGAGGGCGUCGAUGGAUGUGGCGGUGGCAAAAGGGUUCGUGGGCAGUGUUAUGGCAGUGGAUGGCAAUGGCGAGGUGGUAGUGGAUGUGUCGGGAGGGGGCGGCGUUGAUUGUGUUGGGGUUAGAAUGGGUGUAGGUGUUGUCAACGUUGUUGUCGAUCCAGGCAUUCUUGGUGAGUUGUCGGCCGCAGCGGUUGCUGACGUUAAAGUCUUGAGUUUUUUCGAUGGCGAACCUGCAGGGCAAUGAGAAAUUUGUUGUUAAAAAUAGUGAGGUUUGUUUUAGACCAGAAUUUCUUUGUA